UGGCAACGCCCGCUGGAGGAGUCCCAGUGUAAAAAAGGUCCGGGAGAAGUGUCAGCGGCCGGGAGUGGGACCCUGCAGCGCAUUCUUUCCCUGCCAGCGACUGUCCCCGCGGCUGGGCGGUCUAGGGCUGGGGAAAUGUUGCAGGAGGAGUCGGACCUGUCUCUCGUCAUCGCCCAGAUAGUCCAGAAACUCAAGGGCUCCAAUUUGUACGCUCAGCUGGAACGGCAGGCCUGGGCCUGCCUCCAGAGACCUGAGAUCAGACUUGAGUCACUCAAAGAAGAUAUUAAGGAAUUCUUUAAAAUAUCAGGUUGGGAGAAGAAACUUCAGAAUGCUGUUUAUAGUGAACUGAAUGUGUAUCCAUUGCCCAGUCAUCCUUCUGCACCUCCCGAGCAUCUCAAAGAGCCUUUGGUCUACAUGAGGAAAGCACAGGGAAGUUGGGAAAAAAGAAUCUUGAAGAGUUUAAAUAGUAUGUGCACUGAGCUGAGUAUCCCACUGGCACGAAAGAGACCAGUUGGAGAACAGAAAGAACUCCUGAAUAAAUGGAAUGAAAUGGGGACUGAUGAGCCAGAUUUAAGCCUUUUUCGGCCUGUUUAUGCUCCUAAGGACUUUCUUGAGGUAUUAAUUAAUCUCCGCAACCCAAAUUAUGAAAAUGGUGAUUCUCUUAGUUUUAGGACUCAUUUGGGUUUAAUCCAAGUUCCUCUGAAAGUAAAAGACAUCCCUGAAUUGAAAGAAUGCUUUGUAGAACUUGGCUUAACGACAGGACAACUGGGUAUAGAUGAUUCUACACAAGUGCCUCCUGAACUUUUUGAAAAUGAGCAUGUACGUAUUGGGCAAAAAGUUCUGGUGCAGCAGGAUAGCGCCGCUGCCCAGCAGUACAUCCGACAAGGGAGUCCCACGGCACUGAGAGCUGAGCUCUGGGCGCUCAUUUUGAAUAUUUCCAGUCAGCCUGAGGACAUCCUGUAUUAUGAGCAACUUAAGACCAAUGUGAUACAGCAUGACCUUUUGGUGGACAGUCUAAUUUAUAAAGAUGUGAAGCUGACAGCAAGCAAUGAUGAUUACUAUUUUGUAUUUGAAGAUUAUUUAUAUCAGGUAUUACUUUGUUUUUCACGGGAUACGUCUGUACUGGGUCAUUUUGCAUACAACAGCGCUUCACCACCGAAAUCCUACAUCAGAGGAAAGCUAGGACUGGAAGAAUACGCUGUCUUCUAUCCACCGAAUGGUGUAAUCCCCUUCCAUGGAUUUUCCAUGUAUGUCGCACCGCUGUGUUUUCUGUAUCAUGAACCGUACAAAUUGUACCAGAUAUUCCGUGAGAUGUACGUCCGCUUUUUCUUCAGACUCCACUCCAUCUCCUCUCAUCCUUCUGGUAUUGUGUCGCUCUGUCUGCUGUUUGAAACUCUUCUUCAAACCUAUCUUCCCCAACUCUUUUACCACCUGAGAGAAAUCGGAGCUCAGCCACUUCGUAUAUCAUUUAAGUGGAUGGUUCGAGCUUUUUCUGGAUACUUAGCUACAGAUCAACUCUUGCUUUUGUGGGAUAGAAUCCUAGGAUACAACUCUCUGGAAAUUCUUGCUGUGCUGGCAGCUGCCGUGUUUGCUUUCCGAGCAGUGAACCUGAUGGAGGUGACAUCACUGGCUGCAGCUGAAGCAGUUCUGGCUGACCUUUCUACUUUAAAAGUUAUGCCUCUUCUUCAAAUUUUUCUGUUUGCCACUGUUACCUGAUCGUCGAGGUCACUGACAGCACAUCUAGUUUUUCAUUAGAAACUAAUCAUGAACUAUGCAAACUCUGCAUACAACCAAAAUUAAACGUUGCAUAUAAGCCAAUAAAGAUCAUGUUCCCUCCUCAGUUAAAGCUAAGAAGUUUUUCACUUUUUGAAACAAUAACCCUACACACCAAAUACUGUGCUUGCAUGCUGAUGACUGCCAACAGAGAAGCAAUAGACAUCCUUCUACUGAACCGAGCAUCCUACAUGCACAGAUUCCUUACUUGUAACGGGCACGUACCAUAUAUGCAAUAAGAACUAAAGGCACUAUAAUAAACGUCAAGAGGUAGCACAGCUUCUUGUUGAUUUGUAAACUUCUCCCUAGAUAUAGUUCUAUUUAUCAAUUGCUCCCCACUAAAGCCAAUGAUGGGACAGGACAUGAAAAGGCUUGGAAACAAUCAUGCAUUUGAGUGGGAAUUCAAUUGUGCUUUGGUAUGUUAAUUAGCUUUUAAUUUAUGAUGGAUUUUCAGAUCCUUCCACUUUAUUUCUCCAUUAAAUAUCUCCAUUUGAAAAUUUAUACAGAUAUCUCCAUCCCAUACUUUUUGGGACAGUUUUAUAUAGCCCAGGCUAUCCUCAAACUCACUGUGCAGCAGAGGAUGACCGAAUUCCACAUCCUCCUGCCUCCAUCUGCCAGUGCUGGGAUUGCGGGUGUUCUGCACCACUGCCUCCAUCUUAUAAUAUCUUACUGGAAGUCGGAAAUGUAUAGAGGGCUCCCUUUGCACUCCCUGACCUUACGUCUUUCACGUAGAAGCCUGGACACUGCUGAGGCAUGGUGCCGAAGUCUGUUUCCUUGGAAGAAUCUAAGAAGGAAGAUGAAAAUCACAUUGGCUAUGCUGAAGCUCAGUCCUUCCAGAUCGCCUUCUGGAGCAGAACAGCUCAGACACCACAAGUGUUCGUUCAUUCUAGAACUGAAGCCAGUAUUCAAGGGAUUGGGUCUUACUUACUGUUUAUUAUGAGCAAAAGUUUUGUUUUAUAUUUCUUUAAAGAUAUACCAUUUCAGUAUAUGGAAUAAUAGGAUGUGAAAAAAUAUUGUCUUCUAAUUUUAGAUGAAAUUGAAGAUGCUAAUCACUUUAAUAAAACUCAAAUAAACCAAUAGAUUGAUACUCUCCUUAUCUGAAAUUUUAUUAAAUCUUAUCAAAUGUAUCUUAGGAAUCUGUUAUUUUCACAGCAUAUCUUAUUAAAUUCAAUGUAGUAAUUCAAGUGCAGUGAAAUUAAAUUAGAUAUGAAGAAUUUACUGAAAAAUCUAAAUUCUCUUAUUCAUCAGUGCUUCCUGACUUACUGAAGACUAAACAAUUUGUUCUGUGGUUGAUUCUUAACAAACCCACAUGUUAUUGUUUUUGAAAGUGGCACAUUCAUGUCACAUGCCUUGCUGCUGUGCAUGUCCAGAUGCACCUCCAUGGAGGGACAAACAUGACUCCAGGCCACAGUGGCAACAGUAUUAGGAAGAAGUUGCAUUUUAAAUGAUUAGUAGAUGUUUACAGACAUGGGCAUCGUUAAACUUUUUAAAGAUGAUAUGAACUCACUAGUUAGAGACAUUGCAGUUGUCUGAGACACUAGAUUAGGGACCUUUGCUCAUACUAUAUGUUCCUAAAUAAUUAGAUCUCUGUUAUUGGCAAUUGAGAGGGAGACCAGACAGAUGAUUAAAAAAUAUUGUUCCUGCUGUGUUUGCCUUAAAAAAUUGUAAAGGACCCAUGAGAAAAUAUACCUGAAAGUGAUUUUUAAUGUAAAACAUCGAUUCCAUAUCUAAUAAUUUUUAUGUGACAGUUUGAUGUCAACAGCUGGAAGGUAACAUAUGAAGAAUGCCCGCUUCAUUGGCAUGCGUGUUGUAUUUCGUGACAGCUUGAGAUUAUGUCUAUUGAGAAACCAGUCAUUACAUGAUAGAUGCUUUCAUUCAGUGCGCUUGGCUCUGAAUCUUAGUCCCAGACCAAAGCUGCUAGGCAACUUCCCACUUUGCCCCUCUGGCAAACCCCAUCCAGCUGCCCUUAGCUGCUUUGAAGCACUACCAAGAGAGCAGUCAGGUCAUCCUCCUACUCCUAGCAGGGCCUCUUCAGACCGCCUCACCCGGCCUUCUUCCACCGGCAUUCCCCUGUGCCAUCUCCGAUCAAUCACCAACGCCCCCUUCCCUUCUGCUCGGCCAGUGACCACAGGGCUCUGGUAGACUAGGGGUGCAGGGCUAAUGGUCAUAGACACUGUGAAGUAGCUUCACAGGCAAGUUGUUUUGGUUCUUUUGAACUCGGUUCACUACCAUGCACCACAGUUUCGUGUCUGCAAGAGCCUGUCCGACCAUCGUUGGAUCAGGAUGCUCUGCUACUGCAGCUUCCUGGCUAGGAAUGCCCAGCUUGACUUUAACUGUCUAGUGCUUCCUGCUCAGCCUGGACUCUCCUCCCACUGCACAGGGAGAGGAGAGACCUAAGCUUGUACCUUUUCUGCCCUCUAACCAAAGUUUAGCUCGGUCCUCAUACUUCAUUUCUCCCUUGUCUCAAGAAGUCUCUCUACAGCUCUCUAAAUGCUGAUCCAUUUGAGUUAUUCCUGUGCUUACAAAGUUUGACUCCUUGUUGCUUAAAAGAUGAAGUCCCCACUCAUAAGCAUUGAAUAAUUCCUGAUAGCCUGGACUUUCCAUUUCCUUGUCCCAUGAUGAGCCAUUCCCAUGCACUUCAGCCCCUUCUGACUGUUCUGUUCAUUUUCCCUCUGCAUAAGGAACUCUCAUAUUCCAGGCCCCACUCAGAAAAAGCUCCUCUGUUGCUAACAUAUGCUGCAUCCUGCACAUUAGAAUUAUUUCUGUGUCUUUGCUCAUCCAUUUAUGUGCUUGUAAUAGUGGGCAUUCUUCAGGCAACUGGCAUUAACUUCCUGGCUGCCCAAGUCAUAAGAAGAGAUUGUCUACAUGUUUUUGCAUUUCUUGAAUUGUUCCAAAAUUGGAAUACAUUUUUGUUAAACACAAAUACCUAGUCUCUCUUCUUCUACAAAGGCUUCUCCUUGCAGUUCGCCUCUUCGUUGUGUGCUUCAGGCCUCAUGGAGUCCUUCACCCAAGUUCUCUGGGCUGGCCAAGCAGUCACAUGUGCCGUCCCACCGGCCAUUGAAUGGCUUUGAGAUGAACUCAAAGUCUAUGACCGCUGAGAGCUUGGGACACUUGGUUAGAGAACUCUGGUUUAAACUUUCAGGCGAACUGACUGUGAGAAACAAUGUGAUCAGGUGGAAAGGAGAAAAGCUGCUCUCGGUCCUUGUGGCUCCUCAGAAGACACCCCCGUGUGCUCCAUGGACCCUUUUGUACAUAAGCCAAAGGAUUUUUAUUUGCAAUAGAAAGGAUUCUGACUUCUAUGCUUACUUUCCUAUGAGGUUUGAGAUCCAAUAGGUGUAGAAACCCCAUCUAUACACUGUUCACACUGGCGUAGAACUUCUAAACUUCUUUAGUCAGGGCGAAACUGUGGCCUUAUGAGGAUAAAGCCUAUGUUCCGUGCCUACCUGAUGUACCUUACAAGGGUCUUUGACCUUUGGCCUUUUGUCAUAUAGCUCCAUCGCUCUGAAUGCUUUCUCUUCUCUUCUCACCUAACUCUAACUUGUACCUCAGAACCUAACUCAGGUGCUGCAUCAUCAGGAAGAAUGCUCCUCAUACCCUCAAUCAGCCCAAGGCGUGCUAGCCAGUCUUCGCUUGUCUUUCUUUUCUGCUCCGUGGUAACUCCUUGAGGGCAGUGAUGGUCUCCUUUCAGCUUUUCAUCUCUAGCACCCAGCAUAGUUGUUGCCCCACUAACAGUAUAAUGAAUGUUUGCAGGUGAAUGCGUAAGGUCUUCUAAUUUGACCAGGAAUGUUGUUCGAAGUGAUAGCUUGCCCAGCCACAUGUAGCCAUUUUACCUUUAGUUUCCUACUGAAGAAGUUUCAAAGGGAAUAAUAUCUUUAGAGAAGAAAAAUUACUGCCUCUUUUUUUUAUUUAAGUGAAUAUGUAUACAAUAAAGCUGUACAUAUGUAAGGUAGAACUCGCUUUAAGUGUACAGUUCUGUACAAAUGUACGUACCUACGACACCACUUUUGACAAUUGUGUGCAGAAUAUUUGCAUUUCCCUUUGUCCCCUCCUAUUGAGACCCCUGCACACUCACGCACACUCACUUCAGUCACAGAACUGAGGUCAGUCCUAAAGAGCAGGGUCUGUCUUCUAGACGUCCCCCUCAGCCCUCUUGUGAUGGGCUUGCUGCACUUGCUCUAGCGUGCUGACAGUGCUGAGGGACAGGGAUGGUCAAGUGCACGUCUUCAUAGGGACAAGCGGCUCCCUUCCCCCAAGGCAAUUGCUGGCAGUUCGUUUCCGGGCCACGUGUAAGCAUUUGUUUACUUUUCUAAGAAGUCACCGAGUUCGUUUGUGCCGAGAUUCCACCAUCUUACAUUUGCACCAACAACACCUUAGUUGUGGUGGCUCCAGGUCCUGGCUGUCACGGUUAGCUAAGCUAUCAGGAGGCCAUUCUCUUCCUUUUGGUUCCCAGUUAGGUAGAACAACAUCUUAUUCUGCUCAGUCUUUUUCCGUGUGAAAUUAAUUACCUUCUCAUAGGACUUCUUUAUUGUGGAUGUAGCUUAGAAAUCCCAUUCUGUAGGUUAUCCCAUAUAUUUUUUAAAAUUAUUCCUUUUUUCUUUUAAAUUUUUAAAUAAAAGUUUGCUUUCAUUCAUAUUUACAUGCAAUUCUUUAUUUUCCCACACAGAGUACUGAUUAAACUAUCUUUUUCAAGAGCAAAAACUUUAAUUUUAUUGAAAUCAAAUUUAGCUAUUUUUUCUUUUUUCCAUACUAUCUAUAAAAUCUUUGUUUAACUCAAAGUUACACAUACUUUAUCCAUGUUUUCCUCUAUAAACUUUAUAAUUUUUUUAUUCAUUUUGGUCUAUUGUUUUUAAGAUUUUUUUAGUGUGUGGUAAGUUAGGGCUGAGGUUCAUGUUUUCACGCUGGACACCCACCAUUUGCUUAGCAGACCGCUUUCCCUUCUACAUCAGACCUCUACAGAGGCAGGAGGAGCUAGCUGGUUUCUGAACUUGAUUUUAUUUCUUGUGGAAUUUUGUCUGUCUUUCUGUAACAGCAUAACAUCUUAAUUUUUGUGGAUCUAGAGCAAGUCUUGGGAUUGACAGUGUAACUGUUCACUUAUGUCAAAAUUAUUUAAGAUGUUUCAGUAUUAUUGCUUUUCUAAAUAACUUUUAGAAUCAGCAUUUCAGUUUUCCACAAAAGAGUUUGUUAGGAUUUUUUUAAUAACAUUUGCUCUAUAAGUAGCUUUGGAAACAAUUGAUAUCAUAAUACUGAGUUGUCCAAUCCAUGAGCACAGUAUAUUUCUCCAUUUACUUAGGGUUUUUUUUUUAAUUUUCACUCAAUAAUAUAUUGUAGUUUCGAGUGAGAAAUUCUUGCACAUAUUUUGUUAAAACUAUCCCUAGUUAUUUCUUGUUUAUUUUACUGUAAAUUAUAUUUUUAACUUUCAAUUUCCGGUGGUUUGUUGUUAAUAUACAGAAGUACAACUGAAUUUUCAUAUUGACCCUGUAUCCUAAGACCUUGAAAAAAUACUUCUGUUAUCCUUUUUUGCAGCUUCCCUAGGAUUUCCUACAUAUAUAGUAUAUCAACUGCAAAUAAAGAUAAUAUUGCUUCUUUCA